GCCACAGCCGCACAUCUGCCAGACAACCUGCCAUCACCGCCACCAUGAUGAAGUUCCGAACCUUCCAAAUCCUCGGCUCUCCUCGCUGUCCCCACUCUCCUCACUGUUGCUUCCCCCGUCUGCUCUCUUGGCCAGUGCAUCACACCCACCAUGCAAGCGAAAACAGAGCAGGGCACAGUCUGCACUGCUGACGCUUGACAAGGCCCGAUCCCUGCAACAACCAGAGAAACAAAAGCACCAGCAGGACCGCAACCCGGCUCGUGAGUUUACCAGCAAUGGCACCACAGCAGGUGCAGAUGCUGGCGCUGGUCGCUGCGCUUGUGGCGCUCGUUGUUGAGCGUUCGGACCCAACAGAUGCGCUGGUCAUCGCCAACAGUCGCCUGGAGGUGUGCGAGUCCACAAGCGCCACGAACCAGCCGCUGUCGUCACUCGGCGGCACUUGCAAGAAGAAACUCGUCAUGACCCUGUCCAUCGGCAACGGGCAGCAGCUGCCGGAGGUGGUGGAGGUCACCAACUACAUCGAGAACGGCCAGGAGAAGCCCCUUGGACAGCGAUAUCGCAUCUACCCGACCAAGAGUGACGCCUUCGUGAACUACCCGCUCGUGUACCAGUCGAGCAUCAACUCCCUCCCGUACGAGCACUGGUUCAAAGUCAAGCGCAGCAACACGCAGAUUGCGUUCUUCUUCGACCCAUGCCGCGACGCGCCAACGGCCGAGCACCCCACGUGCGGGUACUUCGUGCGCAAGGGCGAGCGCAUCCCCAACUCGCAGGGGUUCUGCUGCAAGUGCAAGUUCUUUUCUGGUGGCGGCAACAAUGCAUACAGGGGUAACCUCAAGUGCAGGCUGUACAGCCCGCACUACUCCUCGGCACACUGCCUGCGCUUUUGGCCCAACUGGUACGACGCAUGGGAGCUGGAUCGCGCGCAGGUCUCGCACACCAUCCGCCUCGCCGUGUACAAGGAGACAUCGUUCAACGGAACCAUACCCGAGCCAACCCAGGCGUGCAAGGACAGCAACGCGAGGCCAACGAGGCGCGUCAACGGGUUCGCCUUCUACUGCGUGGACGUGCUGUUGAUUGGCGUGCAGAACAAGGUUGCGCGCAGCACGAACGGCACCGUCAUCGCCACGUACCUGGGCGACCUCGCGCCAAGCAUUUUUCCGCACGACCUCACCACCCGCGUCCUGCUCACGCCCAACUUCUACCAGUUCGAGAACUCCACCGACCCCAUGUUCCCGUUCCGCCGCUCCCCCGCGCACUGGCUGCUGCUCGACAAGACAGACGUGGACCUGAGCGGCGAGACGUGCAACAAGCCGGGGGUCAGCUUCACCGCCUUCUACCAGCACGGGAAGAGCGGCGGGUGCAACAUGGACCCGUUCUCGUGCCUGGACAACCAGCCAGCGCACCUCGUCGCCCAGGACCUCGACCGGUUGGCCGCUGGUAGGGCGGCUCAGUACAUGGCAGGCAGGCUGGGGCCACCGCUUGUCAAGCGGCAAGCCGUCGGUGAGCGUGUGCAGAAUAUGCUGGCAUUCAAGGCCGACAUCCCGCAGGAAUCGCUCUACACGCUGGAGAUUGAGGCGGACGACAGCCGCAUCUUCGUGCUCGACGUCUCCUUCAGCAUCUUCGAGCUUGGCGUGUAUGGCCUGGCCUCCGUCUCUCGUGACAUCUUCCUGUGGAUUGAGCUUGCACGACUCGACAAGCGCCCGUCAACCGUGUACCUCAGCGUCGAGUGCUCAGACCUCGUCCUCCCCGUGCCGACAACAGCGAUAUCGUGGAAGCAGACAGACACGGGCCACCUCCGUGACGCCAUCAUCCCGCUCCGCACCAGCAGCACGCAGGAGGUCGUGCACACGUGCCGCGUCGAGGCCAAAAACGCCCGCGGGCGCAUCACAGACACCGGGUUUGUCGCCUUCAAGACCACUGCCACAUGCGCCUGCCUUGGGCUGUGCGACUGCACGUGCGUGGGGGAUCAGCCCGUCGCUUGCUGGGACGACGAUGAACCACUUGGCAACCGCGACGCAGAUCAAGGCGACGACGACGACGCCCUUGGCUUGGAUGACUUUGGUAAAGGUCUGGGCAAGUUCUUUGAUCGCCUGGGGCUCAGCCUGCCGGGCGUGCUUGGCAUUCUUGGCGGCCUCGCUGCGCUGGGCGGCCUGGCCAUGUGCAUGAAGUUUGGGCUGCUGCCAUCCAUGCUGUCGUGCGGCACACGCGCGCUGUGCUCCGCCUGUGGGUGCGGCAUGUGCGGUGGUGACGAGGACGACGAUGGCAUGGGCGGCAACACCACCACCAACAACACCAACAGCAGCAACCCCACGCGCAGCAUCUGGGGCCGGCGACAGGCCAACACCCGCCCGACAACCACCAGGCGUGGCCGCACCCGCAACAGGAGGGAUGCACGUCGCCCGCGUGUCGAUCGAUACGGCAGACCUGUGCCGCGGGGGCGAGACGACGGGCGGCGUGGGCGCAGGGAGCGGGAGUUGAGGCGCAGGAGGGCAAAGGAGACGCACAUUGGGUGCUUUGUGGACAAGCAUGGCAGGUACUACGUCAAGGGUGCAGACGGCAAGCGGAAGUACGUGCACAGGAAGAAAGACUUGAGGAAGGUGGAGAAGAUGGAGCGGAGGAGACUGAAGGCGAUGAGGAGGGCGGAGGAGAAGAUGAGGAAGAGAGAGGCACGAGGCAGGCGAGGUGAGAGGGACUUGAGCAAUCGGAAGGAAGCACAGGUGAAGACGAAGAUGAAGAAGGAGCAGAUCAAGAUGAACGCGGUGCUGAAAGGAAAGACGGGCAAGGCAGCAAAGGUGGCACUGGAAAAGCACAACAAGCGCAUGCGAAAGUACGCCAAGGAUCUACGCAAGGCGCAGGUCAAGGGCGAGCGACGUCGAGUGGACAAGAGGAACAAGGCUCUUCACAAGACAAUGGGGAGUGCCGCUCGUCAUCGCGGGCGCAUUGGUGCUGUACCGCCACCACCGCCACCACUGCCACCGCAAGCAACGGGAGCAGCAGCAGCAGGAGCAGUUGUGAUGGCGGGUGCGUACGACCCAGUGCACGAGCGCUACUUGCAAGAACGCGAGCGGCAAAUCCAGCUUCGCACGCAGCUUCAACACCAGCAACAACAGCACCAGCAGCACGCGUUUCAGCGCGCGUCCAUCCGCACACGCCGUGUUGGUGAGGAUGAUGAUGCGUGGAUGUCAGACAUGAUUCGCAGGCACAACCGCCCGCUUGCACGCGGCCUGUCACACCUGACAUCAGCCUUCUCGCUGGUUUCGCGUGGUGGCAGCGACCGCCGCCGGUUCACACGGCGCAGGCAAACGCAACGCAGACGCAGCUAUGGUGAUCGCCAUGACGGUCGUGGUGGUGGCAAUGGUGGUCGUGGUGGGGACAAUGGUCUUGGGGAGUACAUGUCAGUUGGCUAUGCCAGCUCCACCACGACGCUGUGUUCUGUUGCGCCGCCACGCCAUCAGCAGAAGCAGCAGCAGCAGCAGCAGCAGGUGCCAGUGGUGCAGGUGCACAUUCAGCAGCCGCAACCAGUAAUGCAACAGCAACAGCAGCAACAGCAACAGCCUCCAUCCGGGGUCGUGGCACAGACACUGCCACGGCCUCCUCCAUCACAACAACAGCAGCAACAGCAGCAGCAACAGCAGCAGCAGACACGCCAGCUGCGCCCUGUUGUGUUGGCGACGCCGCCGCCCCCACCGCCGCGCCAAUUCCCACCAGCACCAUCUGCACCACCGCGCGAGGGGGACCCACACGAGAGCACAGAGAAGCAGCAGAAGCGGCAGCAGCAGCAGCAGCAUGAUGGGAGUGCUGUGACAUCGACCGCUACUGGCAGUGGUAGUGGCAGUGCAAGUCAUGCCGCGGCGAUGUUUGAUGAAAUAUUCACACAGGACCACGUCAGCAUCCCGGAGACCCAACAGCAGCAGCAGCAGCAGCAACAGGGGAAGGGCUCAGGCACAAAGCAGUAA